CUGAACCAUUAAUUCUGUUUUCUCUUUUCACAGAUGUUGCCAGAUCUGCUGAGUUUCUGCAGCUAUUUCUGUUUUCUCAAUUUCCAUCAGCCGCAUUCUUUGGGUUUUGUUUUGGGGGAGGUUUAAGGUUACACUCCCGGGGCUUCACCUGCUGCUUUCAUGUGAAGUCCCUCCUGCCACCCUGACCCCAGUGUGAGUCCUGAGGCUGUGUUGCUGCAGCAGGGAAUGGCUGCAGCCCGGGGAAGGAAGGUCCUGCCAGCUAAGGCCUCAACCUCCGCCCAGGACCAGUGCGAGGGGAGGCGAAGGAGCGACACAUCCUGAGACUCCAGGCCUGAGUUCCGAUCCCCCACAUCCCCUGUGGAAGAGGCCCAGUUCUGGCUGGAAAGAUGAGCAAGUACUUUCUCUGGAGAAGGUAGGAUAGAGGAGGAUAAGGACUGAGGAGGGAACUGGGUUGAAGGGGGUCAGAGCAGGGAUCUGGAGAGAGGGCAGACUGAGGUUCUGGGGGGGUCUGGGAAUCAUGCCUCUGAGGCAUAGAUAGAAUGCAUCACAAGAAGUAGGAAAUGUGCUAAUUACAACAACGUUGAUGGCCCUAUUAGCUUCCCUCCCUCUUCUCUCACCAUGGAAUAUGGAAAUUCUGGUUGAGAACUGAAUGAGUGCAUAAAAUAAUAUAUUUAUGAAGAAACACAACUUGAGGUUUAAAGUUUCAUCUGAAAUAUACAGGUUUAAUCUAUUAUGGUCUUGUUUUUGGUGGUGUCAUGUUAAUUUCACUUUUUUUAAUACUGUAUAUUCAUUCAUCAGAUGUGGGCAUCACUUCCAACAUCUAUCACCCAUCCAUAAUCACUCUUGAGAAGCUACUGUUGAAUUAAACUGGGGUCACAUUGAAAAAUAGUUUGCAAAGUGCUACCAAAAUGCUUUACUUUAUCCUAUUCAUAAACCAGUGAGAUCAUGUUCACUUGUUACUAUGGAUUUUAUCCUUUAUUGCAUGCAGUAACUGCACUGACUGUUGAAAUGCUGAGAUCAUAUCGGUGAUUUCGUACAAAUAAUCCACAGUCUUGACAGUAAUAGAAGGUAAACUAAGGGAAAACUAAGAUAUUUAAAUUGACUGCAAAUCAUUGACAAUGCUAUAGCCACAUGAUUCUAUACACUAAAAGUUUUUAGACCUUUCAGCCUUUGGCAAUUCUCACCUUUGAUAAACACAGUGCAGCACUGUCAAGGGAACAUUCAACGCUUGUUUUCAUGAUGGUAAUUUGUGUCCCACUGGUGACCUUGCAGAACAAAAUUCAAUUAUCCUACAUUUCCCACAAUUGUUACAGUGGAAUGCAGAAAAUGUACAGUGCUAUUUUAUCAUUGUUUCUUUUAUGUUCAUGAAACGGUAGUUCUCACAGGUGACAGCUGAAGUAAGUGAAAUGUGUCUGCCACUGAUAAACAAAUUCAAAGCAUGGCAAAAUUAUCUGAGAAAUUUGUACAGACCUUUUUUGGAGGAACUUAAGCCAGACUAUCAAAUGUGCAGAGUAGAAUUUGAAGCUCCCAAGGCAUGAACACAAAUGAAACAUAGAGGUGCCUUCAUUUUGUAGUUAAUAGGCAGAAUUACAGAGUAACGAGGUUUUUGUCUCUCACAUUGGAUAUCCCACAACACUCCUUUCCAAUCUCUGAUACCUUCACCAUUUUCAGUCACCCAGUAGGGCCAGGUUGAAGAGAUAAUAGGAAAGGCUACAACCUGAAGCUUUACUUUUAGAGGACUUGGAUGAUGGAAAUUUAAAAAGUGCUCCUCGUUUAAGCAGAAAGGGAUAUUGCAUCAGUAUUUAUGCCUGUGUAAUAAUAAGCAUUGAAUUACGCAAGUAACAGCUACUCAGGAAUUGUCUGAAUGCCUUCAUUAUAAGCCAGUCAUCUGUACUGUGUUUUGCAUGGAGCUGAAGGCCUGGCUUCAUGGAGCAGUGAGUGAAAAGAUGAAUUCUCCUAUUACUCCAAGAGAUGAGCAUUCAGCAAAAAGGUUAGUUGAUUGUCAUUUUGACAGGUGUCUCACAUUUGAUGCUAAGUCAAAUCUCUAUUUAUAGAUUCCCCUAACAUAAUUCAUUGCUUAUUUUAAAACACCAUGUGAACACUGAUGAUUUGCAGCGUGCAUUUUCAUAAAGGGAGCACACUUCUAAUAGGAUCCCGGCAUAACUGGAAAGUUGGGUUUUCACUAUUCAUCCCAAGUUGCCUUGAGAAGGUGAUGAUGGAAAUUAUCACCUGGAUUAGCUGGAAUGACCCCAACAUAAGAGGUUUAAAUAAAUAAUUAUUUCCUUUGCAGCAUGGUAUAUCAUGCUUGCAAUGGCAGAAGUUUCACAGAGCACCAAUCUCUUUUACCGCUGAGCAUUGUUACAAUCCACUUGGAAAGUGUGCUGAUUCUUGGGCCUCAUUGUACCCUGGCUUACCACAAAAGUUAAUGGUUUAAUCCAAGUACUGAGCCCUCAAUUUAUCGGUCUGAUGAUACCAGGUUAACAGUAAAUACUGAUGAGGUUCUGUAAUUAACAUAACUAUUGUUUAUUCAAAAUAAAUAAGAUUUAGCCACUAGCAAAUUGUAACUAUACUGGUUGGAAUUUUGACUCCUUUUCUUAAAGCCCUUAUAUACAGACAAAGAAAAAUUAAUUGGAGGCGUCUGCAACUUUUUUAUAAGCUUGGGGAAAACCCACAGUUUAGAGAAGGAGACGUCUGGGUUUCAGCUUUUAAAUUGACUGGGACAAUCUUAUGAGGUAUUUAUUAUAAUGUAGUGCUCAUGAGAUGGGAAUUAUAUAUAGUGAACUUGGUUACAUUAGAUUGAAGAGUGUUAGUCCCAGAUCGGAAGUGUUGAGAUAAAACCAUGAAGAGAUUACUUAAAGCUGAAUAUAUUUAAUCAGGUAUGUGAUAGUUCCAGACUAAAUGUUGAAGUCACAAACAACUUAAACAUACCAAGGUGGGGAUCCAAGAUGGCAGCAAUCUGAGAGGUCUGCUUUGAUCAGUUCAGGCACAGUAGCACUCUCACCUCCCCACUUAAGUUAUUUCUGUGAAAAUUCACCAUUUAAAGAGUUAUAGAACGUAUACAAAUUUCUUGAAGUCUGUUCUAUUAAAGAAAACAAAAGGUAAAGGUUCCAACAAGUCUCAACACACGGGACACUCACUGGAGAUGUCGGGCACUUCCAUAGCUGCAGCUGCAGCUCCCUCCACUAAUCCAUCGAAGUUGCUUCCUGCUGCUCCUCAUGCUUGUGGAGCAUGGCUGCAAUCGGGUCCAGUCUGGCGUGGAACUUCUCCUGAAUUGAUGACUUGAUCAUGUCUUACAGUUUCGCCAACUGCAUACCCCGGACCUGGUGGCUGAGUUUUUUCUGAUAUUAAUGGGUGUUAAUGUAUAUUUGGGAAUGGGUAGAGUGUCUACUUUUAAUUUCCUUGUUAAUAUUUUUUUCUCUUUCCUUUUUUGACCUGGGCCUGGGAUGUGCCUCAAGCUGGAAGGAGUUAUGAAGGUGUUUUUGAGAGAUGCAAUGAAUUACUCGAGUUGUUCAACCCAGUGCUGCCUUUUUUGAGAAUACUUGGUGAUGUCUCCAGUAGUUCUGCUGCUUUUAAUUCUCUUAAAGCCUUCAUCUGUCGGUGGCCGAAACAGCAGAGAAAAAGCAGAGCGCUUUAUUGAUGAGUUUGCAAUGAACCUGUUUCAUCAGAUGCAAAAAGCAGUGGCCAAAAUCAAAAUAAUUGACUGUUCACAUUGUCUGAAGUUAAAUUUGCACAUUCAAGACUUGUCAGUUUACCAGGAUUUGUCUCGUACAAAACAUGAAUAUGGUGUUAGCCGAAGAAAUUCUAAAUAUGACACACACCAUUGUAAUUCCAGCUACCACAACUCCAGCUAAUUCCAGUGAAAUAUUAGCCACACUAUCGAUAGGCAGUGGAGGGCAUCUUGAACUCACUGGACAGGACCAGACAAAAAUAAAUAAUACCACAUACCAGGAAAUCACAACAGGAGAAAUCGUCACUGUCAGCUUCAUUUUUGGAGUGAUCUGGCUUAUUGCUUUGUUUGGGAACUCUCUGGUUUGCCUUGUAAUCCACAGAAGUAGGAGGACACAAUCAACUACCAACUACUUUGUAGUGUCCAUGGCAUGUGCAGAUUUGCUCAUCAGUGUGGUCAGCACUCCCUUUGUCCUUCUGCACUUUACCAUGGGAAAGUGGUUGUUAGGGGAUGUUAUGUGUAAACUGGUUAGGUACAUACAAUACCUUACUCCAGGUGUCCAGAUCUAUGUCCUUCUCUCCAUCUGCGUGGACAGAUUUUACACUAUUGUGUAUCCCCUCAGUUUCAAAGUGUCCCGGGAGAAAGCCAAAAAGAUGAUUGCUGCUUCCUGGAUUUUUGAUGCUGCAUUUGUGUCCCCCACUUUGUUUUUCUAUGGCACGGAAGGUGGCACCUGUAAUUUGUUUCUACCCCAGUCCUGGGGUGGUGUUGCCUAUGGCACUGUUCAUCUGUUGGUGGGAUUUCUGGUUCCUUCUGUCCUCAUCAUACUAUUUUACCAAAAAGUAAUCAAAUACAUUUGGAGAAUUGGCACAGAUGGGAGGACUGUGAGGAGGACAACGAACAUUGUACCCAGAACAAAGGUUAAAACAAUCAAGAUGUUUUUGCUGUUAAAUUGCAUGUUUUUGUUAUCUUGGUUUCCUUUUUAUGUAGUUCAGAUCUGGCAACCAGAUCAGAUGGAUUACACAAGGUGUUCAGCACUCUUUCUAUCUAUUGCACUGGUAUCUUUCAGCUCUUCAGCAUCUAAACCCAGCCUCUAUUCAAUCUUCAAUGCAAACUUCAGACGUGGAAUGAAGGAGACUUUCUGCAUGUCAUCAAUGAAGUGUUACCGUAGUAAUGCAUACACCAUCACAACUAGUUCCAGGAUGGCAAAAAAGAACUACGUUGGGAUCACGGAGAUUCCUGCACCCAACAAAAAUGCAACCAAAGAUACAAUAUACGAAACAUUUGACAGAGAAGCAAGAGAGAAAAAGCUUGCAUGGCCAAUAAAUUCAAACCCUCCAAAUACAUUUGUGUAAUCAGUAUAAUUCAGUCUUCUUUUCAUGUUGCAUUGCACCACUGGAAAUAAGUGUUUUAGCCUUGAAUUUGUAAAAAGACAAGGUGACUGGUUCUUACUGAAAAUCAUCCUAAUUCAAUUCUUCCAUCGUAGCAUUCACAUGUAAUUUUAAAAGAUUGAUUUUAAAAUAAUUUCAAAUUUGUAAUAGGCCAUAUAUUAUACACAUUGCUGAAACUCCACUGUGAUUGCAUCAGCUAUUUAAAAUAAAUUAUUUCUUUAAAUUUCUGCAUCUAGUGCAAAGUGGAUGAUUCAUCCAAGAAAAUGCUGAGUAGUACUUCAAUAUCUUGGACAUGUCAUUGAAUGUCAUAUGAUUUUGAAUGUUACUCAUAACAUAGUAUUUGUAAAAUGUAAUCCAUAAACCUUUGAGACAUGUUCAUGUUGUUUAUCUGUUGCUGGAUGUAAAUUCCAAUGUAAAUGUAAUUUAUUUUGUGACAGAACAUGCUAUCAGAAUACAAUAACUAAUAACUAAUGAAGCCACAUAGUAAUGGUAUCCAUCAGUAAGCAUUUUUCUGCAGGUCAUAGUUUAGUAUUUAAUUUGAUUGCAGUGGUGUUUUUAUUUUACACUUCAUGCAAAAAUUGUCCAGCUGCUAAAAUGUUCAUACCCAUAUCUUUUGGAUUGCACAUAAAUGUAUUAUCAUAGCAUGUUUUGGUCAAAAUAAACUUUCAUUACAUUAGUCAUAAGGCAAAUGACAUUAAAUUUUUAAGAGUUA